AUAGUUUUGUCCUGCAGCUUAGCCUUUAUUUGAUUUGAUUUGGAUUGGAAACUUUUCAGGGGUAGAUGGUAUGGGGAUGGGGCUCUUCAUGCACCACAAGGCACUUGGAAGGAUUUUUGAACUAAGAUGUAUGCACAUUCCCUUCCACGACCGCACGCCAUUUGAAGCUGUUUUUCAUUUUCAGAACUUGUUGAAAUGGUAGAGGAUGUUGUGAGAGCAGAGCAUGCCACUUCACCUAAUAAGCCCAUCUACCUUUUGGGGACUUCUUUUGGAGGAUGCAUAGCACUUGCAGUAGCUGCUCGUAAUCCUUGCAUCGAUUUGGUGUUGGUACUGGUUAAUCCAGCAACAUCAUUUGAGAAAUCAGACAUAAAACAGCUCCUGUCGGUUUCCAGCCCGUUGUCGGAUCGUGCACGGAUUGCAAUUACAUCUCUUCUGAACUACAAUAUUGACAAUGAAGUUGACAUGGCAUUGAGUAGCAUGAAAAGUGGAAGACAUCCUUUAGAAGCACUAAACAGAUUAACAAGUAAUAUAUCAUCAUUCCUGAAGCAUUCGAACAUACUAAAUAAAAUACCGGAGGACACUCUAGGAUGGAAAAUGAAGCUGAUCCAACAGGCUGCUUCAUAUGCUAAUUGCCGUCUAGAAUCAGUUUCAGCUGAAGUGCUACUGCUAGUCAGCUGUGCUGACAGAUUACUUCCAAGCAAAUCUGAAGCUGACAGGCUCCAGAGAAUGCUACCUAAAUGCAAAGUGUUCUUCUUCGAGAACCAUGGGCACAGCUUACUGUUGGAGUACGGUGUUCAUGUCUCGUCGAUCAUCAAAUGCACCAGCCUUUACCGCCACUCGAGGCGGUACCACCGGGUUUUCGACUACAUCCCCCCAUCAGCCACUGAGCUCAAGGAGGUCGAGAAAGCUGGCAGUGACCUGAGGGCGAGGACGUGCCCGGCGAUGUUCUCGACGAUGGGGGACGGGGUGGUGGUGCGGGGGCUGGCGGGGGUGCCGGAGGAAGGGCCGGUGCUGCUGGUGGGGAACCACAUGCUGCUGGGGAUCGAGCUCAUCUCGCUGGCGACGGAGUUCCUGCGGCGGAAGGGGAGGGUGCUCCGGGGGAUCGCGCACCCGCUGCUGUUCCCCAACAAGACCAAGACGUGGUCCGAGGGCCACGACUUCUUCGACUUCCUCAACCUCUGGGGCGGCGUCCCCAUGACCUACAAGUACAUCUACCAGCUGCUCGCCGCCGGCGAGUUCGUCCUCCUCUACCCCGGCGGCCACCGCGAGGCACUCCACUGCAAGGGUGAAGAGCACAGACUGUUCUGGCCAGACCAGACUGAAUUUGUGAGGAUGGCAGCGCAGUUCAACGCCACCAUUGUGCCCUUCGGAGUCGUCGGAGAGGACGACCUAAUGGAACUGCUCUGCACUUUCGAGGACAUUAGGAACGCACCCUUCGGCAAGGAGAUCAUGCAAGCAUACAGCAACCAUCUCAAGCUAAGGGACAUCGACCACGAGGUGUUCUUCCCGGGGGUGUAUCUGAAGAUCCCGGGCAGGUUCUACUACCGGUUCGGGAAGCCGAUCCCGACGAAGGGGAUGCAGGCCGUGAUGACGGACAAGCAGGCCGCCGGCGAGCUCUACCUGCACGUCAAGUCGGAGGUCAAGGCCAUGAUCGCCUACCUGCUGGAGAAGAGGGAGGAGGACAAGUUCAGGAGCAUCCUCCCCAGGAUUCUGUACCAGCUUGGUUGCGGCCACGACUCUGAAAUCCCAUCGUUUGAUCCUUGAGCAGAGCUAGCUGAAAUGUGCAUGCAUGGAUGGAUGCACACCUCAAAAGAUCUAGAUUCAAACAUGGAACAAACAAUUUAUUUUAGUUUCGUGUCACAAAAUUCAUUGAGUAGGCCAUACAUAAUCUUUAAGUUUGGAUAUGUGAUGGUAUGAAUCGGGAGUCAUUUUGCUAUUGGGUGUACUUUUAGGCAUUGUUAUCUUUGUUGUUCUUGUAAAUCUGAUAUAAACCAAGGAGAUGUGACAGAAUACAUGGUACCCUCAUUAAAUACAUCCCAAGUAGUUUUCCAAA